CAGUCUACAACUGUUUGUGAGUUGUGACCAGAGCUUCAUAAAAUAAAUAACCAAAUCCACAAAGCACAUAGCAACUCUAUCAUUCAAUUCUUUCUUCUUCUUCUUCUUCCACCUUUGCACCGCCAUAGCAAUAUCCAAGGCCAUGAUGAUUCAGAGUGAGAAAGCCCCACCACAGCCACCUUCACGUGCCUUUCUGGACACAGUACAAGAAAUCACCAGAAUCUAUAGCUCACUGCCACCUAGACCUUCCAUAGAAGAGGUUGAAGCUGCCACGUCUACACUGGAUACAGUGAACAACGAGGAACAAACCAAACUCAACGAAAUCUCAAUGCAAGAACCACCCCAUGAUGUCCCCGAGGACCUCUUCUCUGUCCUGCAAGAGCUCAAGAAGACCAUGGUCCUUUUCCAGAGUCAUGAACAGAGGAGAGAGGCUCUCCACCUUCUUCAGCUCGAAAAGAUGUUUCAGACCUUUGGUGAUCUCAUUCAGAGAGCUUCUGAAUUGGUUUCUGGGGACACCCAGAAAGAAAAGCCUCACACUUUAGCCGAACCCCUUGAGAAAUUUGCAAGGGAUGAUGUGAUCACUGAUGAAACUUUGGUGAAGAAGAAAGAAGAGGAACAAACACAGAAGAAUGAUUUCAAAGCCGAAAAGUUCUUGUCAGCAGCACAUGGGAGCUCUGAGAAAUUAAGUCUCAUGAAAGUGGCUACUCUUAUUGAAAAUUGUGCUAAAAGUGGAGCUGAAAUCCUUGAUCUGAGAGGGAAGUUGGUGGAUCAGAUGGAGUGGUUGCCGGUGUCAAUUGGGAAAUUAUCUGAUGUAACUGAAGUGGACCUAUCUGAAAACAGAAUCAUGGCUCUGCCAACAACCAUGGGGGGUCUUAAGGCCUUAACAAAGCUUGAUCUUCACUCAAACCAAAUUAUAAACCUUCCCCACUCAUUUGGUGAAUUGAUAAACCUUAUUGAUCUUGACCUCCAUGCCAACAAGUUGAGAUCACUUCCUCCUACUUUUGGAAACUUGACAAAUCUCAUUGAUCUUGACUUGAGUUCAAAUGAGUUCACACAUUUACCAGAGACAAUUGGGAAUUUAAGCAGCUUGAAGAGACUAAAUGUUGAGACAAACGAGCUUGAGGAACUGCCUUAUACAAUUGGAAAUUGCUCAUUACUGUCUGUGCUGAAGUUAGAUUUCAAUCAGCUCAAGGCCCUUCCUGAGGCAAUUGGGAAGCUUGAAUGUUUGGAGAUUCUCACUUUGCACUAUAAUAGAAUUAAGAGGUUGCCUUCAACAAUGGGUAAUCUAAGCAAUUUGAAGGAACUUGAUGUUAGCUUUAAUGAAAUCGAAUUUGUACCAGAGGACCUGUGUUUGGCAGUUAAUUUGAAAAAAUUAAACUUGGGAAAGAACUUUGCGGACCUAAGAGCCUUGCCAACAUCAAUUGGAAAACUUGAAAUGCUUGAGGAGUUGGAUAUAAGUGAUGAUCAAAUAAGAGUUCUACCAGAGUCUUUCAGAUUCUUGUCCAAGUUGAGAGCUUUUCGUGCUGAUGAGACUCCUCUUGAGGUGCCUCCAAGAGAAGUGGUCAAGUUGGGUGCUCAGGAAGUUGUGCAGUAUAUGACUGAUUUUGUUACCAAGAGGGAUGCAGAACUUCUGCCAUCAAAGAAGAAAAAGAAGGGAUUUUUGUUCUGGUUUUGCUCCAUAUUUUGCCCUCAGCAGAAAUGAUGUUUGAAUUGUUUCCUUGUGAUAUAUUUUAUCCAUUGCAUAUGUUUGGAACACCUUGUUUUUCCUGAUAAACUGUUCUAUAAUUUUGGGUUUGCCUUGUAAACUGGUGUUUAUAACUUUGAUUUUCUGCUAAU